AUGAGUCGGGGAAUUGCAAGUAUUCAGAGCCUCAUUGAAGCCCAAAAUGAUUUGGACUUGUAUUUCUACGAUAAUGAGAGGAAAAGCGACUAUUUCGAUCAGGCUCCAACCAUAGAAUGUCAGAGCGAGGUGUCUGAAUUAAGCCUUGGUCAAAUUGUAACUGCCUGCAAUGCGGCAGCAUUUUUUGAUCGCCUUCGUAUCUCACCCUCCUGUCUCUACGACGUGCCAUUUGGCUCCUCAGUAAACGGACCACAGUCGCAAUCCUCUAGCCCGGCACCGACACCUCAACCAGCGAUUCUUCCUAUCACAACCUCGUCAUCCUCAUCUACAGGGCUCUCUGUCAUCAUGCACAACUCCGGCAACCUUUCAAUCUCAGGUACUAAUCCUCCCCUGCGUUCGCCAGCUCUCGGCUCUAACCUGAACUGUGGUGUUGGUGGUGGUUGUGGUGAUCUUUUGCACGAGCUGGCUGCAGGUUGGCCCCCACGCCAAAUGCCUAGUCGCUUGGAGACCACAUUAGCUGACAUAGCUAGUGGUGUGACGGGUUGGAGUGGUUCAGACGUUGUCCCUGUGGCACAUUAUCAUCCCCAUCCUCAAAAACAGCAACAUCAGCAAAUACCUACCUGCCAAUCAGCACAGUCUUGUCCAGUUCCUGGAUCGGUUACCAUUGCAGCUUCGUCCGGUGCCUUAGCAGUGGCCACCUCUGGGUCCAGUGGUCCUGCAGGUGGUAUGGGUGUUGCAGGGGGAGGUGUUUAUGGCUUUCCUGGGCUUCCUCUCAAUGCAACGGUUGCCCCCACACAGGUAUCGGGAACUUUGCGUAGUGUUACCCUACCAGCGACGGGACAAGGACAAGUUUUUAACAAGCUGGCAACUACAGAUCCGGACGCAUAUAGCUCGGCUACAACUUCACCGGCUUUGAUGUGGCGCGCAAGGAUUCUGCUUGACCUCGCCGAACUUUAUCUUGACUUGGACAUGGUUCAGGAGACCUAUGAAUGCAUCGGAGAGGCAACUACAUUUACUAAGCUGAAUCACCAAGCUUUGUAUUUGGAUCUUCACAGUAUUAAGGUUAUGUAA